UUUGGCAUUUCCGAGAAGUCCGAGUAAUCAGACGCUCUCUUUCAAGUCCUCCGUCUCCACUUCAACCCUGACUCUGUUUUUCACAAAAAAUGGCGACGGUGGCGACCACCGUACCACCACCUGCGCCGGCUCAAUCACCAUGCCUACUCAACUUCGACUCCGUCUCUCACAUCGACAUGUCCACACUCUCCCAAUCGGAACUCCAAGCACUCUCCCACUGCUCCCCCUCCGCCUUCGAUCUCCGCCACCCUGCUCACCUCCUUCCCCCUAAAAUCGACCGCUCCAUUUUCAACGAAUCCGCAGGCUCCCGCCGCCAGACCUACUCCCGCCCCUCCAAUUCUACCCCUUCCGCCGGCCACCGCCGCCGAGUUGCCGGCCUCCUCCCUGCUCCCAAGCUUCCCCCCGUCCCCUCCGACGACCCAGAACGCGUCGAGAACCGCCAUAUCAUCAACCACCUCAAGCAUUUCCUGGACCAAGACCCCCGGUUCGAUCACUUCGACGUAACCCUAACCUUACCGUCCUUAUCGUCCUUAGUAGUUAGCACGAAUCAAGAGGAGGCGGAACGAGACAAAACGGUGACUUUUGGCGGGGAGAGAAAGAGAAAGAGAGGAAGGAAGCCGAAAGUGAAGGUUCUGCAAAUGGAGGAUGGGUAUGGGAGGCGUGUGAUGGAGAUUGUGAAUAGGAACGGUGUGGCGGUGGAUCUUGCGUUGUUGGCGAAUUUGGAGGACCCGUAUGGAGAACAAUUGAGGAGGAGGACUCUGGGGAUGGAGAGCGAGGAGGAGUUGCUGGGGUUUCUGAGGGAAUUGGGGGGUCAGUGGGGGAGUAGGAGGAAGAAAAGGAAGAUUGUGGAUGCUGGCGUGUUUGGGGAUGCCUUGCCGGUAGGAUGGAAGCUCUUGCUGGGGAUCAAGAGGCGAGACGGCCUCUCCUCAAUUUACUGCCGCAGAUAUAUAAGCCCUACUGGACAACAAUUUGUAUCCUGCAAGGAUGCUGCUUCAUAUUUGAUGUCCUUUUUCGGCCCUGGUGAUGCUCAACGGUCCAGUAGUCAGAAGGGUGAAAAUAUUCAGCACGCCUACAGAUUGACUUCUGAAAAUCUUACAGGCUUCACCCAAAAUGACGAAGCACGAAGGCAAGAAGUCAUUUCUGGCUCAACUCUAACCAGAAUUCCUAUAACUAGGGAUCAGGUGAAGGAAGUGACCUUAGUGGGAAUGGAAAAUCUUGCAGAUGUCCAAAUACGUGAUUUAUUUGAAUGUCACAAGUGCAGCAUGACCUUUGACGAGAAGGAUUCAUACCUGCAGCACCUGCUGUCCUAUCACCAAAGAACUACGAGGAGGUAUAGACUUGGUUCUUCUGUUGGGGAUGGAGUGAUAAUCAAAGAUGGAAAGUUUGAAUGCCAAUUCUGCCAUAAGGUAUUUCUGGAAAGGCGUCGCUACAAUGGUCAUGUGGGGAUACAUGUGAGGAAUUUUGUGAGGAGGGUUGAAGAAUUGCCUGGUCCAGCUACACUUCAAAAAGGAAUUGAGUCUCCGACCAGGGAUGAUGUGCCUUCAAGGAUUUCGAAAAUGGAUGCUUUGAUUGAAAUUGCGCAGAAUUCUAUUCUAGAGACUUCUGCUGUUAGACCUAAUGAUGAAUCCAAUGGUGGUGCCACUUCUGAUCAACCAAAAUUUUUUUCUACUCGGGAAAUUAAUGCUGCUAAUUCAGAUCAUGAAAUGAAUCUUGGUUCUCCACUUAGUGGAGAGGAAAUGGACGAUGGCAUGACUGAUAUAACUCUGGAUCAAGAUCUGAAUCAGCAAGACCGUGAGCGUAGCAUCCCUCAAGAAAAUAUGGAGAAGAUUGAUGCUUGUAAUGAAGUAGCAGAUUCGAAAAUGGAUUCUUGUUUGGAUGCCCUGACUCUCUUACCUACUAAAGAGCAAAAUGGUAAUAACUCUGAAAUGUUUUGUGAAAAAGAUGGGCUGGAAAAUGAUGAAUCUGGGGUUGAGCAGGAGGGAGUUCCUGAAGGUCCUGAAGGCCAUUUACUCGCCCAAUUUAGCAAUCAGAUUGUUUCUGUUGUCAAGGAUAAUAUAAAUCUCCUUUGCAAUAGCACUGUGGAUCAUCCAAAUCUUGGUGAAGUUAAUAAUGAUAUAAAUAGCAAGCCAAAAGUUGGCUUGGGUGGCAGCGACAAUGGGCUAGCCAAUAAUCUUGUGACAGAAACUGUGCAGAAAACUUCUGAAGAAAAUACACUCCAGUGUGGGGUCUCUGACCCCUUAAUGACCCCAGAGCAACCUUUGCAAUAUUGUCCCGCAUUCAGUGCUGCCUCUGAUAAGGGAGAAGAGCAUGUACCCAGUGUGGACCAAAGGCACAACAAUGUAACCGGGUUUGAGGAGCUGGGGUUGGAUGAAAUAGAACCUCUUAAGUAUAGUACUGGGGCAGGGCAAGAAUCUCUUUCCAUGCAGGAGGUACCCAUUGAUUUGACAUAUAAUGCAGAGAUGGAAGGGGCAUAUGGUUCCUCCGUCCAGUUUGAGUCGGAAGAAGUCAUGUUAAAUAUGGCUGACAGACAGCAGCUUACAACCGCUUGUGUAUGGUGCGGAGUGGAGUUCAACCAUGAUGCUGUUGAUGCUGAAAUACAACCAGAUUCUGUUGGUUUUAUGUGUCCAACCUGCAAGGCAAAAAUCUCUGGGCAGCUUAAUGUAUUGGACGGUGGCUCACCAUUGAAUUCCCAUCGUCUCUGAUAGUGCCCUUUUGUAACCUGUCUGGGUAUAAGCUUUCCAUAAUGUGGGCAGAAUGGUGGAUGAGAAAGAUGCUUAUAUUGGCUGUGAUUAAAAUAUUAGUUAUAGCAGCAAUAUUAGGCUUUCUGGGUUGGAGUAUGCCUGUAUGGUUUCCUAGUUGCUGGCAGUUCCAGGUGAUGGUAGGUUUGAUGAAGAGAAAGAACUGAAGGCCAGGUUUUACAUAUAGCUGUUGAUGUGGUAGCUUUAAUCUGUCUUUCCUGGUACACCAUCGUUUUAUUGGGAAAAAAACACUAGCAUCGAUCUGUAAGCAAAAAGCUCAUGGCUAUAGGAGAUGCCCGUGAUGCUACAAGACUAAUUUCUUGAAUGUCAUCGAAAAAUUUGCUUCUCAGUAA